CGCCGCUGUCUCGAUCCUCUGCGCAUGCGCCCCGAACCCGGAAAGGAAGGCCGCGGCGUGGAAGGAAAAAGGGGGCGCCGGACUCGGGCUCGGCUCUCCGGCGAGGUCUUCUGUAAACAAUGAAAGUUCUGUUGCUGAAAGAUCCUAAAGAAAAUGAAAAUGGACCAGAUCCAUACAUAAAAGAACUGGGCUUACAUGGGCUUGAAGCAACUUUGAUCCCAGUUUUAGCAUUUGAAUUUAUUUCCCUUACAUCGCUCUUCGAAAAACUUUCUCAUCCUGAACAGUAUCAUGGGCUGAUUUUUACCAGUCCAAGAGCCAUAGAAGCACUCAAGUUAUGCCUGCGAGAUAACUGUAAAAAAGAAGCUUGGAAAAAUUCUCUGGAAGAAAAAUGGAUUACCAAACCAGUUUAUGUAGUAGGAAAAGCUACUGCUGGGCUAGUAGCUGAAAUAGGCCUUGUACCACAAGGAGAAGACUGUGGAAAUGCUGAAAAACUAGCAGGAUACAUUUGUUCCUGGGGGUCACGUAGUUCAUUGCCACUGCUUUUCCUUUGUGGCACACUCAAGAGGGAAACUCUUCCAACAAUACUUAGAGAAAAAGGUAUUGCAUUGGAAAGCAUUACUGUUUAUCAGACUAGUCAACAUCCUAAUCUUCAUGAAUCUUUAAGGAAUUACUUCUCGCAACAGGGUAUCCCUGCAAGCGUUACAUUCUUCAGUCCAUCUGGUGUCAAAUAUUGUCUGAAGCAGAUUCAGAAAUUAUCUGGUGAUCUCAUGCCCCACAUUAAGUUUGCUGCCAUAGGUCCAACAACAGCGGAAGCUAUGACCACUGAGGGAAUCAUUGUGAGCUGCACUGCCACUAGCCCUACUCCACAAGAUCUUGCCAAUGGUAUUAAAAAAACUCUCCACUUGUAAAAGUGCCAUUUACUCAAGCUAUUUUGACCUUUUUUGACCUAUUUUGAGGCCAUGGCUUGGAUUCUAUCUAAAGUUUCUGCAGGAUAGGGGUGAUUUUCACUAAUUCUCCCCCCUUCUGAUUUUUUCCUAAAGGUAUCCUCAGGGGUCACCAUGUCACAGAAUUAGCAUUCUGGAGGCGUUUUGGAAAGGGGGGAAAUCACUCCUUGCCACUGUCCUUGUGCAUAUAGAAAUUCUAGGUAGGAUCCAAUCUCAAAUAUGUUGAGCAAGAGUAAGAUCUCUAAAACAAAGCAAAUGGCUUUCAAUUUGGAAUGUGCUGGUCUUUUAAAAUGUAAGUUGUAUUUGAUUUAGCUUUGUAUUGUGUGUAAAUAAUGGUGAUACAGAUUACAAUUAAAGUAAGUUCUUAAAACUGGCUAUACUGGUAACUGUCUAGCACAGGUAGCACCUUAUUGUUAUACCCUGCUAAAUGUGAAAGACUUAGUAUCAAGUAGGUUUUAAGAGAUUGAAGUAAUUAUGUUUGUGCUCUGAUUUCUUCUAAUUGAACCUCAUAUUUAAUUGAACCUCAUAUUUAAGUAAUAGUUGAAAGUCCAGCUAACAUUUUUCUUACAUUUGUGGGUUGUAAAAUUUCAAAAAUACAUACUUUAAAAAACCAUUUGCCUAUUUAAACCAUUUGCCUAUUUAGGUAGUUUGUACCUAGCUCUUUGGGGAAUAUUUUUGUAUUGUUUGCAUACCUCACACACAAAUUUUUGGCAUUUUGUGCUAUUACGAAGUUGUAGCAAACUGCCAUGAUGCUGAAAAACCACGUGUUGAUUUGACUUGUGCCACUUUGGAUUUAUUUGUAUUUUCUCUGACAAAGACAUCAACUAACUCAGUAAACAAAAUUUUGUGCUCUGGG